AUGGCGGACGCAGAGGCAGCUGAGCGCGCCGCAAAGGCAGCUCGAGCUCGAGCUAAGCUGAAAAAGCAUCAAGCUCAGAAGAAGGCUGCUGCUGCUGAGGCCGAGACAGGCACAAACACUAGCGGCAGCACCGACAAACAAGCCGAGGCUGAUGCACCAACAGAAGCAGACGACACAUCGACACCCGACGAGGCUGCUUUCACGACCGAGAAUGACGGAACGGGUCCUGGAGCGGCAAAAUCCGAAGAGAAUGGCAAGAACGGCGAGGCAAACGACAGCGGAGAGCUGCAAGAAGCUCGGAGCAAGAUCGCAUCUCUGACCUCCCAACUCGAAAGCACUCAAACAGAUCUCAAAAAGGCGACCGAGCAAGCCUCAUCCCUCAAAACCCAGCUCAGGCAGCUCGAGCAAGAAGCAAGUUCCACGGCAGAAGCUUCUCAACACUCGAUAAAGGCAGCAACCGAAAAGCUGGAGAAGGACCUCCACCAGCAAGAGGCCAAGGCAGCGGAACUCGAAAAGGAGCUCACGAAGCAGCGUGACCUUCUGCAGACCUCUGAGAAAGAAGCCCUUGCGUCGAAAGCCAAGGUGUCCGAUCUGGAAUCUUUGCAGAAGAAGGAUGCCGACGAAACAAAGUCGCUCAAGGAUCGAUUCACUCGCCUCGAAGCCGAUCACAAAAAGACCGAGGUUCGUUCCUCGCAACUCGAGACCCAACUAUCAGAGCUCCGCAAGGCAAGCGACAAGUCAUCGACGGAAGCAAAGGAGACAGCUGCCAAGCUGAAGGAAGCCGAAAGCAAGGUCAAAGAUGCUGAGACCAAGUUGUCAUCCCACUCAAACAAGGCGAAAGAGCUCGCAGAGGACAAGGCCAAGCUGCAGCGCGAUGCACUAGAGCACAAUAAGCAAGCAGACGACCUUCGCACAGAACUCAGCAGCCACCAGACGACUAUCCGAGAUCUGAAAACGAAGCUCGCAGAUCCCAGCAAGGCCAACCAGAUUGAUUCGCUCAACAAGGAGGUGGCCGAAGCCACCAAGAAGAUCUCGAGCCUGGAAGCCGAUUUGAACAAGAAGGAGCAGAACUUCAAAAGUUCUUCUUCGGACGCCGAGAAGCUGGCGAAGCAGAUCGCGCAGCUCGAGCAGGAGGCAAAGACAACAAAGUUGGCCCUAGCUACGCUCGAAACCAAGCUUGCCGAAUCGACGGAUCGCGAAGCGAAGGCCAACACUACCCUGCAAGAGGCCAUGGCCAAGAACGCCGAGCUUGCUUCCCAACGCGCCGAGCUCGAAGACAAGCACGCAAGGGCGGAAGCCAAUCUCCAGUCUUGGACGAAGAAGGCCGAAGCACACACAGAAUCGCUCGCAAAUAGCGAGAAGCUGGCUGCGAGUGUCAAAGACCGCGCUGACAGUGCGGAGAAACAGCUGUCAACGGUCCAGAAGGAGAAAGAAGAGCUCGUCAGCUCCCUGUCUGACGCCAGGAAGCAGGUCGAAACGCUCACCAAAGAAAAGGCAUUACUCGAGAAAGCUAAGGCAGAUGCGAUGAACACUUCGCAAAAGUCGGACAAGGAGAAAGCAACCGAGAUCGCAGACCUCAGGAGCAAAGUGCAGCAGCUCGAAGACCAAGCCAAAAAGGACAGCAAGACGGCAUCACAGUUGCUGGAGGAUGCCAAGUCGCAGGGCAGCAAAUCCGCUGAAGAGGCGCAGAACCUUACUGCCUCGCUCGCAGAGACCCACGAGCAGGUCAAGGCGCUCGAGACUCAGCUCGCAGAGCGUGACAACCACAUCUCUACCGUCGAGGAACAGCAUAAGUCGACCGAGCAAGAACUCGCCACUGCUACUUCGCAAGCACAAAAAGUAUCCAAGGAGCUCCAAGCAACCAAGGCCCUGCUGUUGACCGCUGAAAAGGAGCGUACCGACUCUUUCGACCAGAUCAAGAACCUCAAAGACCAAAUCGCUAAGGCUCAGGGUGAUCAUAAAACGCUCGACGCAUCUGCCGCCAAAGUCAAGGAGGAACUCGAAGAGUCGACAAAGCAGGUGGCGUCCUUCCAGACCAAGGAGAAGGAGUGGCUUGCCAAGCACAAGGAGCUUGAAAGCGCGAACGCCUUGGUCUUGGAGGACUUGGCUGCUCUGCGCUCGGAGCUCGUUAACCACAAGACUGGCAACGCGGUGACUUCGAAGGAGCUUGCUGCGGUCAGCUCCAAGCAUGACCAGGCCCAGAAGGAACUGCAGCAGGCUCUUCAGAAACUCAAGGAGGCAAACACCACGACGACCGAGCAUGAAAAGCAGAUCGUCGACCUGACGUCGCAGCUUUCCUCUUCCAAGAGCGAAGCAGACAAGGCGCAGGAAGAGAACUUGAGCUUGAAGGCCAAGCUUGAUGCGGAGGACAAGGCCCACAAGCAAGCGGAGGAGUUAGCCAAGCAGAUCCAGUCGAAAUUGGAGACUGCCACGAAGCGCGGCGAUGAUCUGGACAAGCGAGUCGAGUCACUCACGUCGGAGCUCGACACGGCCAAAGCGGAUCACAAGCAAGCGCAAUCGACCGCGGUAGAUCGAUCGAAGGACCUGGAUGCCGCCAAAAGCGAGGUUUCGAAGGUCAGCUCAGAGCUCAAGGAGGUCAAGGCAGCACUUGCCAAGGCCGAGGAUGCUAACAAAAAGCUUGAGGGCGACAAGCUGACUCUGGACAAGACCAUCACGGAUCUCCGCAAAGCUAAGCUGGUGUCCGAUGAGAAGGUCCAAACGUUGACGACAGACCUGCAAAAGACCAGGAGCGAGCAUGCUGACGCCGUCAGCGAGUCCGAGCAACAUCGAGCCUCUUCCGAGAAGAAGGAGAAGGAGCUCUCACAAAGCAAGCAGACGGUCCAAGCUCACGAGGCGACCAUCGCCGACUUGCAGGGCAAGCACAGCAGUCUUGAAAAGUCAUCUGGCCAGCUAGUCGAAGACAAAUUAAGGCUGCAGGAAGAGCUGGAAGCUUCCAAGUCGGAUGCGCAUGCUCACAAGACGUCUGCAGAGGCUCUAGCAAAAGACCUGAAGGUUCUGGAAGGCAAACUUUCGAACACUCAGGCGAAUCUGCUCAAGGCCACAGAUGAGAUAGCUGCCGCCAAGAAUUCUAACGCUGAGCUGAAAAGCAAUUUGCAGGCUCAGGCCAAGGAGCUCAACGCAUCUCAGUCGGAAACUCAGGCACAUAGUAAAUCCGUCCAGGAGAAGGCAGAGCGGAUCAAGCUGCUCGAGGCACAACUGGUCGAUGGAAAGGCUGCACUCGCCGAGUCUGCCGACGAACUUGCCGCCGCGAACUCCCAAAUCGCUCAGCUUCAAGACGAUGUUCAGAGCAAGACGAAAGAGCUCGAGGCGUCUCGAGCCGAAGUCAAAGUGAGCAAGUCUUCUGUCGAGUCGCAAGCCAAAGAGAUCAUUGAGCUCCAGGCAAAGCUCAAGGACGCAGAUGCCAAACUGGCAAAGUCAACCGAGUAUGCGACAGCCUCUCAAACGCGCGUCAAGCAGCUUGAGAGCGAGCUUCAAGCCAAAGGAAAAGAACUUGAAGGGAAAUAUUCGGAAGCCAAUCAGCACAAGACCAAGUCCGAACAACUCGGCAAGCAGCUGGACACAUCCAAGCAGCAGCACUCUGAGCUGCAAGGAAAGUUCAAAGAGCUCACUGCAGCUCAUGCCGGCCUUUUGCAGCUGCAUGAGCAAAAGACUAAAGAUCACGAAGCUGUGCAAGCAGAGCUUGAGGAGAAGCUUGUGCUCCUCGACAAGACGUCGAAAGAUCACCAGCAAGCACGUGCGGAGGCGGACAAGUUGUCACAGAGUCUUAGCGAGUUGCACACCACGCACCACGACGUCCAGCAAAAAUUGCAAGACGCAGAAGCGCGGCACAAAGCCCUUGUUGUAAAGCACGACGAGCACCAAAAGGCAGCUCAGGUCCAGUCGAAGGAAUUCGAGACAGCGCGGGCACAGAUUGCGGAUCUCGAGGCGAAGCUUUCUACCUCUAGCGCCGCUCACGAGAAGGCGGCUUCGGAGCUCAAAGACAAGACGGAACUUCAAAAAAUUCUCGAAGACAAGCUUCAGACAGCCAACAACGAGAUCGAAAAGCUCACCGAGCAAGCCGCUACACGCGAUAAGGAUCUUAAAUCCAAACAGGCAGAAUCCGAUGCACUGCAGAAGCAGACCGAUGAGCAGGCCGAGAGACUCAAGGCGCUCGAAAAGGAUUUGGCCGCAGCUCAGAAGUCGUCGAGAGACGCUAGUCUGAAGAACAAGGCUGCUGUCACGGCUGUGUCCAAGCAACUCGAAGCCCUGAAAGCAGAGCACGAAAAGACCAAGAACGAGCAUGCUGAGGCUCUCGCUCAAGCAUCUGCAGAGCACGAGACCGCGGCCAAGACUGCUGCUGAGCAGCUGUCGGCCGUCAGGGCGGAGCUAGAGAAGGUCAAGGCCGAGCAUGCCAACGAGGUUGCUAAGGCCUCGGAGAAGCAUGAUUCUGCUAUCGAGGCUGCGUCUAGGCAGCCCGAGGAGGUCAAGACGGAGCAUGAAAAGACGCUCGCACAAGCGAUCGAAGAGCACAAGGCUGCUGCCACGGCCGCCACCAAGCAGAUCGAGGCUCUUCAGUCGCAGCACAAGAACGCCAAAGCCGAGCAUGCCAAAGCAACGUCUGUUGCUUCGAAACAGCUCGAGGAUCUGCGGGUCGAACUUGACAAGGCCAAGGUCGAGCAUGCCGAGUCAAGCUCCACCGCCUCUAAGAGACUUCAGGAAUUGCAGGCAGAGUACAACAGGGCUAAGGACGAGCACGCCAGAGCAUUGAGCAAGGCAGCUGAAGAGCUCAAGGUAUCAACCACAGCCGCUACAAGGCGGUUCGAGGCUCUUCAGGCAGAGCAUGACCGUACCAAGGCUCAACAUUCCGAUGCAGUGCAAAAGGCUUCCAAACAACUUGAAGAGCUCAGGGCCCAGCACGAGACGGCCAAAAACGAGCACGCCACAGCCAAGCAGUCCGCAUCCAAGCAGAUUGAAGAGCUCAAAGCAGCCCUCGAAAAGGCCAAGGCCGAACACGCCAGGGUCGGCAAAGAUCACAAGGCCGCUUCGGACGCUGCCGCCGCAGAGCACGCUAAGCUGAACGACGAGCUUGCGACGUUGCGCAAAGAGCACGAGCAAGCCCUAGCUUCUCACCGCACAGCCCUCGACGAGGCGAAGAGCAAACUAAACAAAGCGGCUCAGGACCACAACACGACAGCGCAGGCACUUGAGAAGGAGCUUGUCGCUCUCAAGUCAACACUCGACAAAGUGCAAAAGGAACGCGACCAGCAGAUGGCAGCACACACGACGGAAAUGGUCGACCUGAGCAAAGGACUGGAGCAAACCCGGGCCGAGAUCAGGGACAAAGAGAAACAGCUUGAAAAGCGUGCGGAAGAGCUCGACUCGGUACGUGACAGUCUGAGCAGUGCGCAGAAGGAUCUCAAGGAGCGAAGCGCUGAAGCUGAAGCGGCGAGGAAGCAGCUGGAGCAGGUGAAGGUGGAUCUGAUAUCGCAUGAGAAGGACCUUUCCGCCCGCAAGGACGAACUUGCCUCCCGCGACGAGCAGAUCAAGACUCUACAAGGCGACAUUGCUUCACGCGAUGACCGUAUCAAAGCUCUCCAGGGUGAUCAUACUUCUGCGCUGCAAGGAAAGGCGAAGGAGCUCGAGGACGCCAAGAAACAGUUCAGCAAAGUACAAGCCGAUCUGGCUGCACGCGACGAGAAGAUCAAGGCUCUUCAAAGCGGCCACGCAUCUGCGCUCGAGUCCAAGACCAAAGAUCUGGAGACGCUGCGCAGCGAGAUCGACAAGGUGCAAACCGAUCUGGCUGCACGCGACGAGAAGAUCAAAGCUCUUCAAGACGACCACGCUUCCGCGCUCGACGCCAAGUCCAAGGAUCUCGCGAAGCUGCGCAUCCAACACGAGGAGACUCUGUCCUCAGAACGCACCCGCCUCGAAACAGCACUCAGCGAAUCGCAAUCUCUGCUCUCCAACCUCCGCGCUGAAGUUGCCAACCUCCAAACAGAACUAGCCACAGCCCGGUCGAGCCUUGACCAAAACGCAGAAGACAAAUCAGUCGCCACAUCACGCAUCGACAAGCUCACGUCCGAGAUCAGCGCGCUCAAGAAAAAGCACCUCACGGCCAAGUCCUCCUCGGAAGCAGCCAAGAAGGACAAUGCCGAGCUUCGUUCGCAGCUCGAGAUGCUUCGUUCCGAGGCGGUCAAGACGCGCGGCGAGAGCGAUUUGCAAGUGGAAGCGUUGCGGUCGAAGCUGGAGAUGGUAAAGGCUCAGGCACAGGAGGCUGAAGCUAGCCUGGCGAAGAUGAAGGCUGAGCAUGCGGGUGAAGUCGAGAGGCUAAAGGCAGCAGCGACGGAGAAGGGUGCUGUUGCGGACAAUGGGACAGUGUUCAGCAAGGAGCAUCUGGAGGAAGUGGAGCAGACACACGAGCUGGAGAAGAGCACGCUGCGGUCGAUGAUUCGCAAACUGGAAGCGAGCGUGUUUGAGGAGACGGACAAAGCGCAUCGUGCCACGCGGCGGGCGAUUGAGCUCGAGGAAAAGCUGCGCAGUGCUGCACCUCUUCCCGCCGCUAACGGCGACAGCGGAGCAGUGGCGGCGACAGGCAGAAGUCAUCGUCGGAGUGCGACGAGUGCCCACAUUCCCUCACUCUCCCCACUCGCCGAGCGCGAAGUCUACGACUAUAGCACCACCACCGACCGACCCGUCUCGCCGUCCGCCAGCAGCAGCGCUUCCUCCUCCGCCGCCGCCACCACGACCUCCGCACCCGCCAGACGCGGCAUCCGCACCGUCACAGCGUCCGAAUUGCCGCUGCCCCCCGCCCAACGUCACCGCCGCCGCGAAUCCCUGCAAAUGCUCGCUGCACGCAUCUCCGAAACCAUUCCACCGCCAGACUCUAACCCGCAACAGCAGCUGCCGCACCUGCAAUCUGUCACACUCGCAAGCAAAGGCCACACGCCCUCCAACUCGAUCACGAACGCUCUGGCGCCGACAACCGACGGCACAGCUAAACGAGCAGGUCGCCAGCGUGCACAGUUCGCGAACGACGAACUGCUCUAUUGCGCCUGCUGCCGCGACGACCUCAUCAUUGUUUAA